AUGAUGUUCCCCAGCCUCAUCGCUCCGCCGGCCGUCUACCCGAGCCUGCUGCGGCCCACUCCCACCCUCACCUUGCCGCAGUCGCUGCAGUCCGCCUUCUCCAGCCACUCCAGCUUCCUGGUGGAGGACCUGAUCCGGAUCAGCCGGCCCGGCGCCUACCCUCCCCGCAGCGCUCCCCCGCCCAGCAGCAUGUCACCCCCGGCCUCGGCACCCAGGACGGACUCGGGGACACCGGAGCUGCCCGGUUGCACGGCGGCCAGGAGGAUCUGCUCGCCCCAAAGCUCCGGCAGUGACUCCACUUUCCUCAAGUUCGGGGUCAACGCCAUUCUGUCCUCCGCCCCCCGCGCGGAGUCCUCUCCUGCCCUGCUUCAAAGCGUCCCUCCAAAGACUUUCUCCUUUCCGUACUUUGAAGGAUCCUUCCAGCCUUUCAUCAGAUCUUCCUAUUUUCCAGCUGCCUCUGCCGUCGUGCCCAUCCCUGGCACCUUCUCCUGGCCGCUGGCCGCCCGCGGUAAGCCGCGCCGUGGCAUGCUGCGCCGCGCCGUCUUCUCCGAUGUGCAGCGCAAGGCACUGGAGAAGAUGUUCCAGAAGCAGAAAUACAUCAGCAAGCCCGACAGGAAGAAGCUGGCGGCCAAGCUGGGUCUCAAGGAUUCACAGGUGAAGAUCUGGUUCCAGAACAGAAGAAUGAAGUGGAGGAACUCCAAAGAAAGAGAGCUCCUCUCCUCUGGUGGCUGCAGAGAGCAAACCCUACCCACCAAGUUCAACCCCCACCCAGACCUCAGCGACGUUGGCAAGAAGUGCUCAGGGGAGGAGGAGGAAGAGGAGGAAGGCCCCAUGGCAUGCCCCCCCAGCCCCCGGCACCUGCUGCCCUACCACCCAGCCCCGCAGCACCUGCGGGACAGGCUGGGUCCCCAGACACCUCCCUCUCCAUCCCACUCCAGCAGCCCCAGCAAACCCUCAGACUGCUCGGACUCAGAGGAAGAGGAUGAGGAAGGGGAGGAAGAAGAAGAAGAGAUAACGGUCUCUUAG